AUGGAUGAUGCCUCCAAAGGAUUGACAGAUGCGCUGAAACCGUCCACUGAAGCACUUGCUUUUUUAUCAAGUAUUGAGCUCGAGGAUGUGCAGCGAUGCUUAUUUGCUGACUCCCUGGUAACCGUGUCGGACACAGGCAGGGAACUAGGGGAGUUCUGCAUCAGUAUCCAAAAUACUGUCCAUAACAAUCAACCAUGCUUCCUGGUCCAUGCUAACAGCCAUGGCGCUAUUGACAGCAUCCCCUGUGGGACUUCAAUUACAGGGUACGUUACUGCUACUUUUGAAACACUAGAACAAGACCUUCAUGAAUAUGUGAAGCUACGGGGACACAGUCUGGACAGAAAGUCUCACAUGGUGAGACAAGAUGGGCAGCUGAUCGUGAAUAAGGUCACCCAAGAGGAAGAGGAGGUGAGGGAGCAGAUAUCUACAUUUCCUCUGAGCUCUUUAUGUGGCUUUGUGUCGGAGGCCUCCAACUUGCUCAUCCUGCGCAUUUUAGCCCAACGAAAGAACAUUCCAGAGAAUAUGACGUUUCUGUCAUUCGAUGCAGAGACUCAGAUAUGUCUCUCCACCUAUAGGGAGCUUGGGGAGACGAAACAAGUGGUGGGGAGUGAGACGGUGGAUGGGUUUGGCAUUGAGAGGACUGUUGACUCAGUGGAGGACAUUCCGGCAAUGUGGCAGUGCUAUUUCCUACAAGAUGGGCAUUUAGUGAGUAGAGUUCAGAUAGGCUCCCCUGUUAUGAUGAAACUUCUCAAGCUGCCUACGCUAAUAACUGGAGAUGAGCAGGAUAAAAGACCUGUCUUUGAAAAGAGGCUUCUCGUGUGGGAAGAGGACAUGCAGCUGUACUCAAAAUUUCUCGAUCGAAAAGAGGAGUUGAAAGCGGACCAUAUGUCAUAUGUGAGACACCAUCCUGAGCUGAGGGCAGUUUUAGCGGACUUUCUGCAGUUCCUCUUGCUGAGAAAACCUCAGGAUGUCUUCUCCUUUGCCAGGGAGUAUUUUGCCCCUUUCUCUUCUCAGCGCCCACCAGCAGACACCUUCAAAAGCACCCGAUCCUUUAGAUAA